CAAAACUUAAUAUUAUUUAGAAAUUAUAAACAAAGAAACAAAAAAUAAGGCCAAUGGCGACGUCUCUAGUAUCCUCUUCAGCUAGUUUUUUCAGGAAUUCUCCCUUCCCCACUUUUUCUUUCACCACCAAAUCCAAGUCCUUCUACUUGAAAGCGGCUGCGAUGGGGGAUAGCGAAAUUAAGGAGGAAAUUAGCGAGGAUUUAAGCGAUAAGAAGAGAAUCUUCGUCGCCGGCGCCACUGGCAGCACCGGCAAAAGGAUCGUGGAGCAGCUUUUGGCCAAGGGAUUUGCGGUUAAGGCCGGCGUUAGGGACGUAGACAAGGCGAAGUCAACAUUCCCUGGGAACAAUCCUCAUCUUCAGAUUGUAAAAGCUGAUGUGACUGAGGGCCCGAACAAAUUAGCUGAUGCUAUUAGUGAUGACUCGGAUGCAGUAAUAUGUGCUACCGGUUUUAGACCCUCGUGGGAUCUAUUGGCUCCAUGGAAGGUCGAUAACUUUGGCACUGUGAACUUGGUUGAAGCCUGUCGGAAACAAAACGUUAAGAGAUUUAUUCUCAUAAGUUCUAUUUUAGUAAAUGGGGCAGCAAUGGGACAAUUAUUUAAUCCGGCUUACAUUUUUCUCAACGUGUUUGGGCUAACUUUGGUCGCGAAGCUUCAGGCAGAACAAUACAUACGAAAAUCUGGUAUCAACUACACGAUUAUAAGGCCUGGGGGUUUGAAAAACGACCCCCCUAAGGGUAAUAUAGUCAUGGAGCCAGAGGAUACGCUUUACGAAGGCUCAAUAUCAAGGGAUCAAGUUGCUGAGGUUGCGGUUGAGGCAUUGAUUUGUCCGGAAUCCCAUUACAAAGUCGUGGAGAUUGUUGCGCGAGCUGAAGCUCCUAAACGUUCGUUUGUGGAGAUGUUUGGUUCUAUCAAACAGCGGUGAUAUGAUGGGUCGUUAUUAUAGUGAAAUAGAAUCUACGCAUAUUGAGUCUCGUGCUCCUUCAGUGUCCUGUAAAUUAUACCAUUAUGCAUUAGCCAAUUAUUCCGUAUUUAUUUAAUUUUUUUCUGGUUGAUGUUUUAAAUAAAAAAGGUUGAUCAAAUUAAAAAGAAAAAAAAAAUU